UCUGCGGAAUCAUCUUCGCCACUGGUUAGCUUGGUUUUUUGUAAUGCCAGGAUGCUGAAGCCUUGAGCUUACGGUCUAUCGUCACCAACUGUCUUUGACGAAUCAAGGCAAAAUCAUUUGCUUCACAGCGGCGCACAGUAAUGGUUUCCUCUGCGGUCUCUUUAACUCGACUAUUGCUUGGAUGUGCUUGUUCUGGGUUCCUGGGGCUCCGUCUGGGAAAGUUCAGCGAAGCAUGCUCACAUGCCGUAGUAACACAGGGAUACUGGCUCCCAUUUCUCUAUAAUGAUCUUGGGCCGGCUACUAGGGAUCGAGACGUGAUCGCUACUUUAACCAGACCACCCGGUUUUACCAGCCAUCUAUUAAAGGCCGGAGAGCUUUCAAACAGCUAUGUUAAGACUAGUAAUCUUUAUGUGUGUGUGUGUAUUUUUAUUUUUUUUAUCGGUUCUUCCAUGGUAUAUCCGCCUUCUAAGCCUAGGAUAGAAGAUUGCAAAGGCCCAAACAACUUUUCCACUUCAGACUCAGGAUUUAAGUUGCUGACUUCGUGGACUGUCUUCUAUUUGAAAAAUUCCAUACAUAUACCACUGGCACUUGAUCUCGUCGGUGGUUCUGUAUACUGAAUCCUCUUAGACCUCGAGUCAACUUUGUGAGGUCGGCUUUAUACAAACAGUAAGAGAACUCACCCAUAUCUCGCAACUGACUUGGCUGUUGGUUUUAUAAUGGCAACACGACCGAAGUAAAGCAAAAGGAGAAGUUGUGUUUGCCCACCAGAUGAUCAGAUUCUGAUACUGAUGCACUCAGUUCUGUCAUUGA